GAUCAUAGGUGGCCGCCGUGACAAAGGGAAAUUGUGCUUUUCCAGCAUGCUUACUGACCCUGAUUUACCUCAGGAGUUUGAAAGGAUGUCUUCCAAGCGACCAGCCUCUCCGUAUGGGGAGACAGAUGGAGAGGUAGCCAUGGUGACAAGCAGACAGAAAGUGGAAGAGGAGGAGAGUGAGAGGCUCCCAGCCUUUCACCUUCCCUUACAUGUGAGUUUUCCCAACAAGCCUCACUCUGAGGAAUUUCAGCCAGUUUCUCUGCUGACGCAAGAGACUUGUGGUCCUAGGACCCCCACUGCGCAGCACAACACAACGGAAGUCGAUGGCAAUAAAGUUAUGUCUUCGUUAGCUCCGUACAACUCAUCUACCUCACCCCAGAAGGCGGAAGAAGGUGGGCGACAGAGUGGUGAGUCCAUGUCGAGCGCAGCCCUGGGAACCCCAGAAAGGCGCAAGGGCAGCUUAGCAGAUGUGGUGGACACCUUGAAGCAGAGGAAGAUGGAAGAGCUGAUCAAGAAUGAGCCGGAAGACACUCCCAGUAUUGAAAAGCUACUCUCCAAGGACUGGAAAGACAAGCUCCUGGCAAUGGGAUCAGGGAACUUUGGAGAAAUAAAAGGUACUCCUGAGAGCCUCGCUGAGAAGGAACGGCAGCUCAUGGGUAUGAUCAAUCAGCUGACCAGUCUACGGGAGCAACUCCUGGCUGCCCACGAUGAGCAGAAAAAGUUGGCUGCGUCUCAGAUAGAGAAACAGCGCCAGCAGAUGGAGCUGGCCAAGCAGCAACAGGAGCAGAUCGCGAGGCAACAGCAACAGCUUCUGCAGCAACAACACAAAAUCAACUUGCUUCAGCAACAGAUCCAGCAGGUUCAAGGUCAGCUGCCGCCAUUGAUGAUCCCCGUGUUCCCUCCUGACCAGCGGACCCUCGCAGCAGCUGCCCAACAAGGAUUCCUCCUUCCUCCUGGUUUCAGCUACAAGGCUGGGUGCAAAUUUUUCCAGUCCCAAAUAGGCAACAGCAGAUUAGGAGGUGACCCUUACCCUGUUCAGCUGAUCCCAACCACCAUGGCAGCUGCUGCAGCAGCGACACCAGGCUUAGGCCCACUCCAGCUGCAGCAGUUCUAUGCUGCCCAGCUAGCCGCAAUGCAGGUUUCUCCAGGAGGGAAGCUCCUAGGCCUACCCCAAGGCAACCUUGGUGCUGCCGUGUCUCCUACCAGCAUUCACACAGACAAGAGCACAAACAGCCCACCACCCAAAAGCAAGGAUGAAGUGGCCCAGCCACUGAACCUAUCAGCUAAGCCCAAGACCUCUGAUGGCAAAUCACCUGCAUCACCCACCUCUCCUCACAUGCCAGCUCUGAGAAUAAACAGUGGGGCGGGCCCCCUCAAAGCCUCUGUCCCAGCAGCGUUAGCUAGUCCUUCAGCAAGAGUUAGCACAAUAGGUUAUUUAAAUGACCACGAUGCUGUCACCAAGGCAAUCCAAGAAGCUCGCCAGAUGAAGGAGCAGCUCAGGCGAGAGCAGCAGGCGCUGGAUGGGAAGGUGGCCGUAGUGAACAGCAUAGGUCUCAGCAACUGCCGGACAGAAAAGGAAAAAACAACACUGGAGAGCCUGACUCAGCAGUUGGCAGUUAAACAGAACGAAGAAGGGAAAUUUAGCCAUGGAAUGAUGGAUUUCAAUAUGAGUGGAGAUUCUGAUGGAAGUGCUGGAGUCUCAGAGUCAAGAAUUUACAGGGAAUCCAGAGGACGUGGCAGCAACGAGCCCCACAUAAAGCGUCCAAUGAAUGCCUUCAUGGUGUGGGCAAAAGAUGAACGGAGGAAAAUCCUUCAGGCCUUCCCCGACAUGCACAAUUCCAACAUCAGCAAGAUACUGGGAUCUCGCUGGAAAGCUAUGACCAACCUAGAAAAACAGCCAUACUACGAGGAGCAGGCCCGCCUCAGCAAACAGCACCUGGAGAAGUACCCGGACUAUAAGUACAAGCCUAGGCCGAAGCGCACCUGUCUGGUGGACGGAAAGAAACUGCGUAUCGGGGAGUACAAGGCCAUCAUGCGGAACAGGAGGCAGGAAAUGCGACAGUACUUCAACGUUGGGCAACAAGCACAGAUCCCCAUCGCUACAGCUGGUGUCGUGUACCCCGGGGCCAUCGCCAUGGCAGGAAUGCCAUCCCCUCACCUGCCCUCGGAGCACUCGAGCGUGUCCAGCAGCCCAGAGCCCGGGAUGCCGGUGAUUCAGAGCACUUACGGCGUGAAGGGGGAGGAGCCUCACAUCAAGGAGGAGAUCCAGGCUGAGGACAUCAACGGAGAGAUUUACGAGGAGUACGAUGAGGAGGAGGAGGACCCGGAUGUGGAUUAUGGGAGUGACAGCGAAAACCACAUUGCAGGACAAGCCAACUGAUAAGGACCAACAGACUGUGGUGAGCCGAGGACUUGAAGAAGCCCUGGCCGGUUCAUCCUUACCAGUGGCCAAGCACAUUAAGUCUCUCAUACACUGACUGUUAUUUUAACUGUUAGUCUUAAAUAGUUGGGACAUCAGCUGACAAAUAGACCUCAGCCUCAAAAGGCUCGGAAAGGAAAAGAAAGAAAAAAAAUUACAAGCAAACAUCAUCAACAACAAGAGAUUGAAAUAAGCUAUGGGUAAACAAUGCCAGUAACUCAGCUGCUACACCCCAGCACUGAAGUCUCACCCGUCAACUUUUUUUUUUUUUUAAUAAACUUUAUGGCUGUUUGUUCUAUAUUAGAAAUCCUCACUCAGGUACACAGUGCCAACAAGUGGCUUGUGAAUGUGUUAUAUUGUUCUGUGCUACAAUUUUUAAAAAGAAAUAAGUUUUGUUCUGUUCUGUUUGGGGGUG